UGCAGAAGGCAGCGGAUAUUUAAGGCGGGAAGAGCUAACGCUUUUUCCUCUCCUCACGUGACACCAAUAUUGUAAACAAACAAAUUCUAUGCCUUUGUUUGUGACCAUGCAGACAAGCUUAAUCAGCUGCAUUUUUACGAAUAGAAUUACCAGCAAGUGUGCGUACGAAUUCAAGAAUUUUAUUGAUUUUUAUGCCGUUUGGCUUUUCGUAACUCAUGUGUUCCGCCACGGAAAUGCCGAGUUCCUGAGCUGAAGGAAAUGAGAGUUUCACCCCUACAUAUUGUUUGUUUACACUUAGAUCAUCAAUCGAAUUUUAAGAACGCUCCAGUGUUUGUUCGUUCAUCCAUUUGCGAAAUGUUUCAAUGAGAAAUAGCGAUUAUUUUUAAGCGCUAGUAAUUUAUUUUUGCGGCAUUUGCGUGAGAUCUGAUGAAUAAGUUGGUGAUAAUCAUUGCUUAAGUUUCCAGUUGGAAUUGUGAAAGCUUCUUCGCCAACACUUUGUGGUAACAAAUGAAAACCACAUCCAUUUUGGCAUUUAAAAUUUCAAUUUUAAUUUCAGCAGAUUCGUCUGUUGAGUAAAGCAUAGUUCUACUAUGAUGGAAGAAAUUAGAGAAGACGAAGCAGCUAAUCAGUCGCUGUUGACAUCAACCAUAAAUUGCGAUUCUACAGACAUGCACCCGAAACCCAACAUCAGGACUGUGCCCGUGAUGAGCCGCAGUCGCGUGUUGAAGAACAUGGUGGUGAUGAGUUUCUCUCUUUUUAUAUUCUAUUUGGGCUUCCAGGGCUUGGCCAAUCUUCAGAGCACUAUGAAUUCUGCUAAGGGACUCGGAAUGAACUCUCAAGCUGUCAUCUAUGGCUCUUCCAUGCUAUCUUCUCUCCUAUUUCCAGAACUACUUAUCAGGAAUCUUGGAAGCAAGAAGACUUUAGUUUUAAUGACAAUUUGCAGCGUGCCUUACAUAGCAUCCAAUUUCUACCCGCGUUACCAGACAUUAAUGCCAGCAGCAGUGAUGUUUGGGCUAGCAGCUGGUCCUUUGGGUACUUCUCAGACUGUUUACGUCAACGAAAUGUCCCUCCGGUACCAUAAGAAUACUCCAGAUGAACCCUUAGAAGCCAUCAUGGCCAGAUUCUUCGGCCUCUUCUCGUUCUUUUCGGAGAAUGCUCAAAUUUGGGGGAAUCUCGUAUCGUACUUUGUUCUCGACCCAGGAAUGGUCCCCAUAAUAAACGGCAGUCACUUGCACUGUGGCAUAGAUUUCAGAACAUUUUCGAACAAUAGCAAUGAUUCUAAUCCAAACCUGCAGCCUCCAACAGCCCACAAGAGAUACCUGCUGGUGUCCAUCUAUGUGGCACUGGGGCUGAUGUCAGCCGUUUUGAUGACUUUUUUCUUGGAUCCAUUGAAAAAUGAUGUUGGACCUGCACCAGAGGAAAGUCGAUGGAAGUCUCUGUGUUGUCCAUUGUUAGCAGCUGCUCAACACUUUACUCAACUAGAUCAACUGUUGCUUACCCCUCUGACUAUCUUCGUUGGCAUGGAGAUUGCUUUUUACACAAGUGACUUCACGCAGGCCUACAUCGCCUGUUCGUGGGGCGUGCACCACGUGGGCUUCGUGACGAUCUGCUUCGGCGUGUGCGGCGCCCUCACGGCGCUGCUCGUGGGGCCCCUGGUCAAGUGCAUCACGCAGAUGUGCGUGCUCAUCCUGGCCGCCUGCAUCACCGUCGUCAUGUGCGCCUUCCUCUUCCUCUGGCAGCCCAGCCCCGACCACACGGUCGUCUACUUCCUCUUCGCCGGAGUCUGGGGCAUGGGGGACGCCAUCUGGUGGUCGCAGAUCAGCGCUCUCUACGGCCUGAUGUUUCCGCAUGAUCGAGAGGCCGCCUUUUCCAAUUUCUUUUUCUGGAGCUUCCUUGGAUAUCUGCUCAGCUAUUCUUACGCCAACGUCUUAACAGUUUCGGUCAAGGUCUACAUUCUUCUGAGUAUCCUGACCGUCGGGAUGGCCGGAUAUUUUGCCGCACAGUUGCGAGUUAGGUGCUCAGCGAAAAAAGACUACAUCGUUAUAGUGGAUGCUGCCGAAUAAAACAAGUUGUCUGUGAUAUUUUUGCUCAAAUUGCAACCGUAACGGUAUUCUGAAUCAGCUGCUCAAGUGACAUUAAAACUAUACCUCGUAUAUUCUGCCUCCACUAAAAUGAUGGUCACGAAUUUUCCCUUUUUUUGAUGGGAAGAAUUUUUUUUUGGUCUUGUGAUUAAAAUUGUUUUUAUCUCUUUUAGACUUAAGUAUUGGUUUGUAACUCACCUCAUUUUUCAAAAAAUAAUUUUUUCUUUAUGUUGGGUUUAAUUCCCCUUUAACCAUGGACAGUAUCCAGCACCUGUGUUUUUCUUGCCGUUUUGCUAAAAUUAGCUUCCAGACUUCAUUCAACCUCAUCGCGUACGUGACAUUUAUAACGACAAUUAUCAGAAACCAAGUGUCUAAGUCAGUGGUUCUCA